UUUGCUUUUUUAGUUGAUGGGCAUGUAAGAAUUGACAACCUUAAAAAGCCGUUAAACGGCAAUAGCCAGCUAAAGUUUCAACAUAUUUUUUUUAUUUUUUCUUCAUAUCUAUUAUCUACCUAAUUUUUUUUUUUUUUUUUUAACAUUUGAUAAUUUAAGAGGACAAAAGUAUUAACAGAUUCUUCAAUGAAAGCGAGAAGAAGAAGAAGAAGACAAAAGAAUUGAUUAGAUCAGGUUAGCAAACUCGCAAAGAAUUGAAAAUCUGAUAAAUAAGAAAAUUUCUAGAAAUGACAACAGAGACCAGAUCCAAUUUAGUUAAGGUCAAGACCAGCGGUCAAGAUGGCUCUUCAAAGGGCAAGUUUGAUGCUGCUAUGAAUAGGAAGAAGAUUGAAAGCUCCAGCAAACAGGCUCCUGUUGAUUCGAAGCAGAAAUCUGUGUCAACUGUCAUAACAAAGACACAGGUAAAAUCGAAAGCAAGUUCAAGUUCAUCGAAAACCACCGCAACCACAAAAACUAAAGUUAGGGAGAAGAAGGUUUAUACUCUGCCCGGACAGAAACAUGACCCUCCUGAAGAGAGAGAGCCGUUACGAAUAUUUUAUGAGUCUUUGUCGAAACAGAUACCAACAAGUGAAAUGGCAGAAUUUUGGAUGAUGGAACAUGGCUUGUUGUCCCCUGAAAAAGCCAGAAAAGCAUAUGAGAAGAAGCAGAGAAGGCUGAAGGAACUCCGGACUGGCACUCCAAUUAAAUCUUCAAAACCAAGCAGCAAACCUGAGAGUUCACAGAAGCACCAGCUGGCAUCAAAGAAUGGAGAUGUAAAAGCCAAGAAAAGAAUCAACAAUGAUAUUGAUGAUGAUGACGACUACUUGAUUUUAAGUCCCAAGAGAAGGAAAGGGUAAGAGAAAAAAGCUCCCCCAGUGUUUGUAGUGCUGUAUUUAUAGGAAUCACUUUAUUUAAAUUCCUUUCACAAUUUACUGCAAAAAGGCUGGCAUUGUGAAAACACUAAAAAUAAUAUAUUAAGACAUUCUUUAUAUUUUCAAACUUAUGGAAAUUAUAAGCAAGGACCAGUUCGUGACA